GUCCAAGGCAGAUGUAGCGCUAAGAGAAGUGGAGCUCAAGGGAAGAUGAAGCCUCAGAGAGGAAACGGGAGUGCCCGGUGUGUCUUAGCUCUGUAGCAGGUGCAGAUGCGUCCUGAGGGUGAGCGAGGGGACGCGAGGGGAUGCUGCUGCCCCAAGGAGGGAAGAGAGGUAGAUGCUUAGGGCAGGUGGGGCUCCGAGGCCCAGAAGUCAGAGGUCACGCGGCUGUAAGCCGGCCACACUGCCCAGGCAGGGGCUGCGGAGGCCAUCUCAUUAACAGCGGCUUGCCUCCCAGGAAGCGCUCGGCAGGUGUGUGUGGACCGAGUUGCUCAAUGAGGAUCCUGCCAGUCCUCCAUUUCUACAAUAUGUUGGAGUUUUUGCAGCGCCCGGUGGUGGUGACAGCUGAUGUCAACUUGAACAUCGUGGCCCUGACCUUGCUGGGGUUACUAAGCCGACUGUGGCAACUCACCUAUCCAAGGGCUGUGGUCUUCGAUGAAGUGUAUUAUGGGCAGUACAUCUCUUUUUACAUGAAGCGGGUCUUCUUUCUGGAUGGCAGUGGACCGCCAUUUGGCCACAUGCUGCUGGCCUUGGGAGGUUAUUUAGGAGGCUUCGAUGGUAACUUUUUGUGGAACAGAAUUGGAGCAGAGUACAGCAGCAACGUGCCUGUGUGGUCUCUGCGCCUGCUGCCGGCCCUCGCGGGGGCCCUGUCGGUCCCCAUGGCCUACCAGAUCUUGUGGGAGCUUCGUUUUUCCCAUUGUGCCGCCAUGGGAGCUGCUCUGCUCAUGCUCAUUGAGAACGCUCUCAUCACUCAGUCGAGGCUGAUGCUUUUAGAAUCCGUGCUCAUAUUUUUUAAUCUAUUGUCUGUGCUGUCCUACUUGAAGUUCUCCAAUUCCCAAAAACACAGGCCCUUCUCCCUGAGCUGGUGGUUUUGGCUGACGCUGACGGGGGUGGCCUGCUCCUGUGCAGUCGGCAUCAAGUACGUGGGGGUUUCCACUUACUUGCUGGUGCUCGGAGUCGCUGCCGUCCACGCCUGGCAUCUGAUAGGGGACCGGACUUUGUCACACGUGCGUGUGCUCUGUCACCUGGUGGCCCGAGUGGCGGCUCUCGUGGUCGUGCCAGUCGCCAUGUACCUGCUCUUCUUCUACGUCCACUUGAUGCUGCUCUACCGCUCUGGGCCCCACGACCAGAUCAUGUCCAGUGCCUUCCAGGCCAGCCUGGAGGGAGGGCUGGCUCGGGUCACGCAAGGCCAGCCACUGGAGGUGGCCUACGGUUCCCAGGUCACUCUGAAGAACGCCUUCGGCAAGCCUGUGCCCUGCUGGCUUCAUUCUCACCAGAGCACCUACCCCAUGAUAUACGACAAUGGCCGAGGCAGCUCACACCAGCAGCAGGUGACCUGUUACCCCUUCAAAGAUGUCAACAACUGGUGGAUCGUCAAGGAUCCCGGGAGGCACCGGCUGGAGGUGAGCAACCCACCGAGGCCCGUGCGGCACGGAGACGUGGUGCAGCUGGUGCACGGCAUGACCACCCGCUUCCUCAACACGCAUGACGUGGCGGCCCCCCUGAGCCCCCACUCCAGCUCGGUGCUGGUGUUCGGCGGCUGGCCUUCGCGUUCGUGGGAGAGGGGCCCCGGGCACGAAAGCGACCUGACCACCAGGCGUGCUUUGCAGGACAUCGUGAACAGAGACGCGGACACGGACAUCUGGAAGACCAUCCUUUCUGAGGUGCGCCUUGUGCACCUCAACACCUCUGCGGUCCUCAAGGUGAGUGGGGCGCACCUCCCCGACUGGGGCUUCCGGCAGCUGGAGGUGGUCGGGGAGAAGCUGUCGCGGGGCCACCACGAGAGCGCCGCGUGGACCGUGGAGGAGCAUCGCUACGGCAAGAGCCAGGAACAGAAGGAGAGGGAGCUGGAGCUGCACUCGCCUACCGAGAUGGACAUCAGCAGAAACCUGAGCUUCAUGGCCAGAUUCUCAGAGCUGCAGUGGAGGAUGCUGACAGUGAGGACCGACGACUCGGAGCACAAGUACAGCUCCACGCCACUGGACUGGGUCACCCUGGACACCAACAUCGCUUACUGGCUGCACCCCAGGACCAGCGCGCAGAUCCACCUGCUGGGGAACAUCGUGAUCUGGGCCUCGGCCGGCCUGGCCACCGUGCUCUACGCCCUGCUCUUUUUCUGGUACCUGCUCAGACGCCGCAGGAACAUCUGCGACCUCCCCGAGGACUGCUGGCUGCGCUGGGUGCUGGCCGGGGCCCUGUGUGUCGGUGGCUGGGCCGUGAACUACCUGCCCUUCUUCCUGAUGGACAAGACGGUCUUCCUCUACCACUACCUACCCGCACUGACCUUCCAAAUCCUCCUGCUCCCCGUGGUCCUGCAGCACAUCAGUGACCACCUGUGCAGGUCCCAGAUCCAGAGCAGCCUCUUCGGCGCCCUGGUGGUGGCAUGGUACUCAGCCGCCUGCCACGUGUUCAACGCGCUGCGCCCGCUGACCUAUGGGGACAGGUCGCUCUCACCCAGCGAACUCAGGGCCCUUCGCUGGAAGGACAGCUGGGACAUCUUGAUCCGGAAGUACUAGGACAGGAUACAGUGAAGAACAUCGGGCCUGGGUUGGGACGAGGUAGAGCCGUCUCUGCCGAGUUGUGACAAUGGGAGUGCUCCAGGCUCCGGGGGACCGGCCAGGCCUGGCAAAGGCUCUGUUCUGGUUUUGUUCUUAACAGCCCUUUGACAGGCACCUCAUUUAAGCAAAGUUCGUUUUUUCCAGGAAGUAAAGAACAUGUUCCGUGUCCAUUAACUCCCAGGACAUGCUGUGCUGAGCUGAGCGGCUAGCAUAGGACUCAGCCAAGGAGAAAAGGCAGGGAGGGAGUGGGCGGGGACAGGGAGUCGUCAGCCUGGUGGGCCAGUCUUGAUGACAUGUGGGUGCUGCAGGUAUGGGGGUUUGGCUGACGGGCCUGGUCCUUCCCGCACACCCACUGGACCUACUGAGCUGGAGUUCCGGUCCCCAGGGAGCAGUUCAGUGUCAUGAGCCACUGGGGUGAUGGGAGGGGGGGCCUCCCGUCACGGUGGCUGACUCUUCAGCCCCUGUGAGUUUGUCGAGAUGUGUGUGGGCAGCACCUUCAAUAGUCAAGGUUUGUGUCACCCAUACGUUUCCUUGCCCCGAAGUUGUCUCUUUUGAUGUAAUUAAAAAGGGACAAAUUGGUA